AUGACCGGUGCCCGGGGCAUCGUCAGCAGUGGCCUGAUCCCAUCACUAGUACGGAAGCUGCAGGUAGAGGAGGAGCACAUUCAGGAGCUCAUCUUGGACACUCUGACACCAUGCCUGCAGGAGGAUGCCACUGAGGCUCUAAAAAGCCAAGCUGUACCCCGCUUUAAGGAGAAGCUCCUUAGUGGCAACCCCCAAAUCCGCAGCAAGGCUGCUCGGGCACUCAUUGCCAUCAGCAUCCCUUUGGAGGGCAAGAACCAGGUGUGGGAAAACGAAGUCAUUCCUAUCCUGGUGGAUCUGUUGUCGGACCCUGAGGAAGAGGUACAGGCUAAUGCGGCUGGGGCCCUGAUGCAUGCGACAGUGACCACUGAAGGGAAAUACGCGGCCCUGGAUGCAGACGCCACUAGACCACUCCUGGAGCUGCUUUGUUCCACGCCCACGGUCAAGGUGUGUCUGAACGCCACCAAAGCCCUCACCAUGCUGGCCGAGGCCCCCGAGGGCCGCAUGUUACUGCAGUCCCAUGUGCCCACCUUCCGUCUCCUCCGGAUGCAUAGAAAUGAGGCCAUACAACGAGCAGCCCAAAUAGCCAUCAAAGUGAUAGAGUGGAAGCCAUGAUUUCCUUAUGGGCCAAACCUGAUAGGCAUUUCUAGGCCUGAAUA